AUGGCCACUAACUCGGAUCCUGGCCUCAUCAGCGUACAUACGCCACCGCACUGGACGAAAGACUUGGUCAGGAACCUCGAAUGGGGAGCGAACAUCGACAAUUUAGAUCUGCUAAGCAAGUUAGAAUCCAUCGCUCCGGAAUACGCCAUCCCAACAGUCUUGGAAGACCGCAUCGUACCCAUAUCCGUGGGUACCAUCUCCGAGCUCUGUAUUGGUGCCACAUACGUUGGAUCUGACGAGCAUGUGUCAAGGUGGGACAUCCCUGCAGAGUCCGCGUUCGAUACUUCACCGAGAGCCAGCUCAGAGCGGGUGCUGCUCUCGACGACUGUGGUUAGUGCUGCGAUUAAGGACAGAGUGCCAGCAUUUGUAAGGACUUACGAGCAGAACGGAGCCUUGCUGCGGACGUACGUCGUGCUCGCCAAGCGGAUCACAGAUGGACAGCCCGUGAGGCUGCAGGUUGUCCCGUGGGUGGGCGAGUUCAUGGUUGAGGGUAUGAUCAUACCUCUCCCCGAUGCGACCUACGAGCAGCGAAGUGAACGUAUGACGUCGGUGUAUAUCGGCCUUCCGGUUAUCGCGGAGCCUGAAGACGCAUAUCCCGGGAGCAAAUGGUACACCUUCUGGUAUCGGGCGCGGUUAGACGGCUACAACACCCACCAAGGUCGCAAGUCUUUCAAGCUGACAGUCGCCGAGGGGCCUUACAGCUCGCUCGCUGCGAUCCCCUUCAUCGUGCCCGCCGCGGACGUCGAGCAUGGGCCCGCCGUCGAGGAGAGACGCGCCCGAGUAGCGCCCACGGAUGUGGCGAGAACAAAGUUUGGCUCACAGCCUGCGACACGUGCACCCUUCUUUGCGCCUUUGACCAUCAAACCCUCGCGCACGUCGGAUUGCUCAGCACGCUCUCGUCCAGAAUCCGGACUGCAGCCUAUCCAAGCAUACGAGGGCACGGACCGACGGGCUGCGGAGACGGAAGGCAGUUGA